CUUCUCUGUUUUGUUGCAGAGUUAAAGAGAAGCCUGCAUUUGGAGUAACCUAUACAGAAAUGGAAGAGAAAUGUCUGGCUAUUCAGGAGCUUCUACACAUGGGAUAUAAACAUGAAUAAGUGACCUCAGAAGACACUAGUAAUGACAAGUGAUGUGUGAGGUGCUGAUAGGCACAGCCACCCCAGUUUUUUGCUGUUUUGUGGUUGCCAUUUGUUUUUUUUACUGUGUGAUACAUUUGAUUUAGUGGUGGACAGAAAGAUAGAGAAAAAGAGGAGCAGCCCUCAAAGACUACCAAUAUAAUUGAACAGAUAGUUAGUAAACAGUUGUAUCAACCAAUCAGAGUGAAGGAAACAAAUUAUGUUCAGUGUGAUUGGCUGGUGUAUUUCAUAUAAAGCAGAUUGACGGAGCCGUGUCACACUGUACCUGUAACUGUCGUGUCUGGGACUCAACUCCUUCCUCCUGUCAAAGUCCAAAUGUCCAUGAACUUUCUUCUGUUGCUCAUAGCUGGAAGUGUUGGUUAUUCUUGGUAAGCAGUGUUUUUUUUUUGUGUCAUAUGCUGCCAAGGAAACUGUGAGAUUACACACACCUCCUGCACAAUACAGCAAGGAAAGGGGAGAGUAAUAGAUGCCAUUGAUGUCUCAUUUUAGUGUAUACAAUGGAGUACAUAAGAAAUGUGAAUAUUAAGGAAGAAGACUCUGAAUGUGAAUCUGAGCAAUGCCAGGCAAAGAUCAAUAUAAUUCAGGAAGAGGAGGAUUGUAAAUGGAGACCAACGGUCAUUAAAGAAGAGUCUGAGUCAACAUCUGAUACUACUGACUUCAGAAAAAGUGACAUUGUAAUCCACAUCAAGGCAGAAGAGGUUAAAUUAGAGUCUGCCUCUCAGAAUGUGUGUCCAGAUGAAGGGCUAACUGGGAAAAGCUUAAUGAAAAGUAGACCUCACAUCCUCCAGAAUCAUUCUGCCCAGGUGAAGACGGAAUCUUUGGAUCCUGAGGUGAAAAAGACGGAGGAAGCAUCAUGUUCAACAUAUCCUGGAGGAGAUUUGCAAGAACAUGUUACCCUCUCUCUUCAUUGUAGACCACAUCAAAAUGAAAACCUAGAAAAAGUGACAUCGAGAAGUAUAGAUGUGAACAACACUCAACAACAGGUUCAUAACUCAAAUUCUGCACCUUUGUAUGUUGGCCAAGUGCAGAGGAAAACUACACAAAAAUCUGAAUCUAAACAUCACAAAGAAAAGCCAACCUGUUCUGAAUGUGGAAAAGAAUUCUCUAGUCAUGGCAAUCUUUAUUCACAUAAAAAAAUUCACAGUGGUGAGAAACCAUAUUGCUGUCCUGACUGUGGAAAGCGAUUCACUAAAAAUAGCAAUCUGCAGACCCACUCAAGAAUUCACAGUGGAGAGAAGCCAUACGGCUGCUCUGAAUGCGGCAAACAAUUUUCUCUACAAUGCAGCCUUCAGAUACAUGCAAAACGUCACACAGGAGAGAAGCCAUACUGCUGUUCUGAAUGUGGGAAACAAUUUACCACAAGUAUUGCUCAUCUGAUCCACACAAGAAUACACACUGGAGAGAAACCAUAUUGCUGUUCUGUUUGUGGUAAACGAUUCUCUACUAGUAGCACUCUUCUAACCCAUACAAGAAUUCACACGGGAGAGAAGCCAUAUUCCUGCUCUGAGUGUGGAAAAGGAUUUGUUACAAGUAGCCACCUUCGGCUCCACAGAAGAAUUCAUACAGGAGAGAAACCAUUUUGCUGCUCUGACUGUGGCAAACAAUUUUCAAGAAGAGGCAAUCUUCUCACUCAUAAAAGAAUUCACACUGGAGAGAAGCCAUAUUCUUGUGCUGACUGUGGCAAACAAUUUUUACAAAGAGCCGGUCUUCAGUCCCACACUAGAAUUCACACGGGAGAGAAACCAUACUGUUGUUCUGAAUGUGGCAAACAAUUUUCUGUAAAACAUAGCCUUCAGUUACACAUAAGAAUUCACACUGGGGAGAGGCCAUAUAGCUGUUCUGAAUGUGGUAAACAAUUCACUACCAGUCGACAUUAUCAGAUCCAUGCAAGAAUUCACACUGGUGAGAAACCAUAUUGCUGUUCUGACUGUGGCAAACAGUUCUCACGAAGAGGCAAUCUUAAGAAACACAGAAGAAUUCACACUGGAGAGAAACCAUAUUGCUGUUCUGAUUGUGGGAAACUCUUCUCUACAAGUACUACACUUAUGACCCAUACAAGAAUUCACACUGGAGAGAAACCGUAUACCUGUUCUGAAUGUGGCAAACAAUUCUCACGGAAAAGUAAUCUGCAUCGUCAGUUACACAUAAGAACUCACACUGGAGAGAAGCCAUAUUCCUGCUCUGACUGUGGCAAACUCUUUUCUCAAUAUAGUGGUCUCCAGAUCCACAGAAGAAGUCACACUGGAGAGAAACCGUUCUGCUGUUCUGAAUGUGGCAAACAGUUUUCUGCAAGUGGCAGUCUUUAUAAACAUGCAAGAAUUCACACUGGAGAGAAGCCAUAUUCUUGUUCUGAAUGUGGUAGACAUUUCACUAACAGUGGAGCUCUCCGGAUACAUACAAGAAUUCACACUGGAGAAAAGCCAUAUUGUUGUUCUGAAUGUGGUAGACAUUUCACUAACAGUGGAGCUCUCCGGAUACAUACAAGAACUCACACUGGAGAGAAGCCAUAUUGCUGUUCAGAAUGUGGUAAAACAUUUGCUAGAAGUGGAACACUUCAGAACCACACUAGAAUUCAUACUGGAGAAAAGCCAUAUUUCUGCUCUGAAUGUGGCAAACAAUUCUCCAUGAGUAGCAGUCUCAAGAAGCACACAAGAACUCACAAUGGAGAAUAGGCAGAGCAGGAGUGGUGAAAUGAGUCGUCCUGGGAUUGUCUAACAUUAAAAUUCACUAAGCACUCUCCUCAGUAACCUCAGUCAAAGAUUUGAUAACAGCACCCGAAAUUGGCCAAUCCCCUAGACUGCCACACAGCUCCUGUUUUGUUGAUGAUUUGAAGCUAUUCAGACCCAGUAACCAGAACAGCUUCACUUGGUAAGGAAAUUCUCACAAGAUAACCAAAUAACAUUUGGGCUAGGUAAGUGUGCCAAGGCAAAUCAGUAACAGCAAAAACAUCAAAUUGGAUGAGGAACAUACUGGGUGGGGCAUAUUAAAGAUCUCCUACGUUUUGAAGGGGUAUAAAAAAUGAACAAAGCUAUCUAAAAAAAAUUGUAUAUAUUUCUGAAAAGUACAUAAAAAAAAUUUUGUUUUAAUGGUUUUUAAAAAUCAUAUCUGACAAAUGGCGGUUGUUGUUCCUUGUUUGUGGCUCCACUGAUAUGGAAGUGAGCCUCAUCGAUACUCUGAAGAACAGCUGCAGCAGGAACCCGUUCAAGAAUUUCCACACUUAGGGCUCUACGGUGGGCAUGAUCUCUCUCACUUAACAAUUGGUAAAGAUGCAGUUUCAAAUCGGCCUCCUCAAACUCCAACUUGAUAUCCCCAGAGCCAUGGCAUGCUUACGAGUAGAACGCCUUGGCGAUUGCUGAAUGGAUGCUCUUACUGCUUCCACAUUUUCUUGCAUUCUAAUGGUCCUUGGUCUGCCAGCUGAUUUGCUUUUCAGUGUGGACCUAGUUGCCCGAAGGUUAGAAAUCCAUAGCAAAAUUGUUUUCCGAUCUGGUACAGUUGCAUUUCGACCAAAGGCCAAGCGUGUACGGAACACUCUCUCUGCGUCACUAUCACAGAAUGGUUGUUCUCAUAAUACACUUGAACGACAAAGCCCUGAUGUUCACCGGUCCAACUCAUGAUGGGGACUGAAAACAGUAGAGCUUAACCUACUGAAUAACCUCCCUACCCCCACUACAGCCCUCACAGUUCUCCCUCAAUUUAUGGGAGAUCUUUAUGCCCCACCCUGUAUUAUCAGAAAUCUCAACCUAGAAGAGACCUACAAAUAUCUGGGAGUAACUGAAGAUGCAGACCUUCACAUACUUCAACAUGAAGCAAAGAAACCCAAAGCAACAUCAAUUAUUAAGCUUGCCAAACAUUCUGAGGAAACGAAGGCACCACCCCAUGUGCACAGACAGCAAAAUCAAGAAUACAAAAGAACUGACAAACAGAAGAGGAAGAGCAACUGGAAAGACCACAAAUAUAGUGAAAAAUAUGCAGACCUCCAGCUCCAUGCAGACCAAGAGCUGAGCCAUGGAUGGCUUGCAAGGAGCGAGUUAAAUCCACGAGAUCUGAGAUGAGCCAGAUGGAGAAUAAAAAUCACUUGAGACUUGAAAAAAUUAAGUCCAUGCUCAUUCAGACGCCCUACCAAUUACCUUCACUCCAUAUGAAUUACAGAAGGAAGCGUUUUUAGGGACAAUGGGAGAACUUACUAUGCAGAGCCCUGGCAGCAAACCUAUGAACAGUAGCAGUGCAAAAAUCACUCCGAAAAAACACUUCAAGAGUUAAGAGUGGGGUUCAUCCUUUGCCCUGAAGGUAAGCAAACCAAACCAUUGUUGGGAGAUUAACCCCUGAGAGAAGUCAAAAACAGUUGGACAAACCCUGGAUAAUGAACAUUUCAGUGACAAAAUGACUAGUCAGAUGUGGAAUAAAUCCACCAAAAUUGUGCCGGGGUGUGGAUUACCUAACAGGACUUGUCUUCCAGAUCUGUCUAGACUCGUACCAAUGGCCAUCACCCCGUACAAUCUGCAAAAAGGAGGCAUUAAUGAGAAUGGUCCUGGUGUUACACUGAGCCAUGGCAGAAAGUUUUAAGAAUUUUAACAAUAGCAGCGUCAUAAAAAUCACGUUAUGGCUAAAGAGUGAGAUUCACUGCGGUCCUGAUAGUAAGCACCCAGCCAUGAGAAACUAACCCCAAAAGAACCUUUUCAAUGGAGCGAUUAAAAAUAAAAACAGCAAAUGGCUUCAUCGGAGAUCAACGAGCCUAGCUGUCCUGCCAGUUCCCAUCAUCCUCUAUGAACUACAGAAGUUGGCACCAUGCGGCUGCCGAGCCAAACCUCUGUGGCAAAUUUAAAAUGCAUCACAGCAACAAAGCGAAUCUGAAGUUCUAAGGAAAAAAAACUCCAAAUUUCAAACCUAUUAUGACUGUAUUAAAAGCAUUUCUUUUUAAAUUACCGUGUUAGAAUCAAAGAUGGAGAUUCUGGUAAAACCUUCUAUUUUCUAUUAUAUUUGUA